AUGUUCCUCCAAGUGUUACUAUUUUUCGUUGCUCUCAUCUUUCUGUAUUAUGGCAUAUGUAUUUUUCUGGAGUCAAUGCAAAUAGAUAAUCUUCAUUCUAAGGCAGUUUUUAUUAGUGGAUGUGAUUCUGGCUUUGGCUACUUAUUGGCUAUUAAAUGCGCCCAAAAUGGCUUACCAACAUUUGCUGGAUGUUUAACGGAACAUGGAAUGAAAGGAAUCGAAGAAGUAGCUAAAAAGACCGCCGGAAAGUUAAUUCCGGUAAAAAUUGAUGUCACCAAUGAGGAAUCGGUUCAAAGUGCUGUCCGUUUUGUGGAAGAGAAUUUAAAUCCAAAUUUAAAAUUAUGGGCAUUAGUAAAUAAUGCAGGAUUAUUGGGAACUUGUGGAUAUGAUGAUUGGUGUACGUUACAAGAAUAUGGAAAACAUUUAGAUGUGAAUACACUUGGUGUUAUCCGAGUUACACAUGCAUUUAUGCCAUUGUUGAAGCAAUCUCGUGGUCGAAUAAUAGCAAUAACAAGUAUUUGUGGUCGUUUAGCAUUACCUGGAUUUGGUCCAUAUAGUGUCUCAAAAUUUGCUACCGAAGCGUAUAUCAAUAUUUUGCGUCAAGAAGUACGAGAAUUUGGCAUUCAUUGCUCAAUUUUGGAACCUGGACGGUUUCGAACUGGUCUUAUGGAUAGGGAUAUAAUGACUAAUCAUAUCAAUCGUGCAUGGAAUCGAUUAGAUAAUACUCGAAAAGCUGAAUAUGGUGGUGAAGCAUUCAAGAAAUUAUAUUGUGAUCGUUGGUGUGAAUUUUCCUACGAUUAUGCAUCGCCAUCAUUGAAUUUGGUAGUUGACUCGUACUAUCAUGCGAUUACAAGUAAUUUUCCACGAUAUCGUUAUUCAAUUGGAUUUGAUUCGGUGUUUUUGUUUCUUCUAUUAAUUCCUAUCAAAAUACGAGAUUUUUGCAUAUGUGAUUUUCAUUAUUUUAUAACUGGAUGGCCACCAAAGCUAAUAGCAUCAAAAUGUAAUCUUAUCAAUAUUUACAUUGUGUUAAAAGAUACCGUUAUUGGUUGGUUUGGGAAGAAAACUAAAGGGAAUGAAACAAUUUUAAAUAAUAGUUGA